AUAUAAUGGCAACACCGUUUUCUACUCCGCAAAAUCAACACAAAAUAAAAUCACUUUUCCACAUUUUGCAUUCGUUGUGUGUUGUGUUGAUGAUGAUACAUCUGUAACAAUGAUUAUUUAGCUAGUGAUUCGAGUGAAACUUUAUUAUAAAUGGAGACUAGGAAGUGAUUAGGAGCUUACUGUGAUCAGAAUGUAGCACUUAGUCAAGUUCCCAAUCCAUAAUAUUCAGAUAAAAUAUUGAUCUUUUGUUGAACUUGGACUGUAAAUAAAUAUAAACUGUGAAAAUGUCCGUGGUUAAGGGAAAACUGGUGAAAAUGGAAGUUAUUCAAGUGGGUGAAUAUGAAUUCACCAAACAAGAUAUUAUUGGACAUGGGGCGUUUGCCAUGGUGUACAAAGGAAGGAAGAGAAAGAAUCCGUCGCAAUCAGUGGCUGUGAAGGUGGUUACUAAGAAAGGCAUCCAAAAAGCCUCAGAAAUUCUCGUUAAGGAGAUCAAAAUUCUACGAGAAUUGACAGCGCUCCACCACACGAACCUCGUGGCUAUGCACGACUGUAUGGACAGCCCGGCUUAUGUCUACGUCGUCAUGGAGUACUGCAACGGCGGCGACUUGGCUGACUACCUUCAGACCAACAGGCUGCUCAGCGAGGGGACCAUCAGGCUCUUCCUUCGACAGCUGGCUGAGGCCAUGCGCGCCAUCCAUGCUAAGGGGAUCGUGCACCGCGACCUCAAGCCACAGAACAUCUUACUCACACACAAUGUGGCCCCGCCGCGCACCCCUCAUCCUGCCGAAAUGACACUCAAAAUUGCCGACUUCGGGUUUGCAAGGUUCCUCGAAGAAGGGAACAUGGCGGUUACUCUCUGCGGCUCACCGAUGUAUAUGGCACCUGAAGUAAUAAUGUCGCUGAAGUAUGACGCCAAGGCGGACCUGUGGAGCUUAGGCACAAUCGUGUAUCAGUGUCUCACGGGAAAGGCCCCGUUUCAGGCUACCACACCACACGAACUAAAAGCGUUCUACGAAAACAGCGUAGACCUUCAACCCAAGAUGCCGUCUGGCACGAGCGGCGAGCUGUGCAGCCUGCUGAUCGGGCUGCUGCGGCGCAGCCCGCGCGAGCGCAUGCCGUUCGAGACCUUCUUCAACCACCCGUUCCUGCAGCGCCCGCGCUACACUUCAAGUUUGGAGUCGGAUCUACCCGACAUUAUGGAGAGUGAUCUUGAAGGCCGCGCUGAUACUAAUUAUUUCCUAGAAGAGUCCUGGCAGAGUCAGGCUGGCAACAGCGGCGGUAACGCGGCCGCGACGCAAGCGGCGGGCGCGCCCAGCGCCGCGCGCGCCGCCGCCCCCGCCCCGCGCGCCGCCGCCCCUCAGCAGCACCACACAGCAGCGCACACGCAGCGCAAGGCACAGCCCACCUCUUCUGCCGAGUCGUCGGGCACGACAUGGGCUGACGAAGAGCUGGGCGGUUUCGUGAUGGUGGACGCGAUGGGCAGCGGCUCGGCCGAGUGCUCGGGCGCGUCGUCGGGCUCCGAGGCGGCGCCGCGCCCGCGCUCGCUGGCGCUGGCCGCCGCGCCCGCGCCGCCGCCGGCCGCGACGCAGCCCGCGCCGCCCGCCAUGGACAACACGGCCUUGCAGUUUCGGAAUCCCAUCAACAUGGUAUCCAAUAACACUGUGCCGCGAUCUCAGCCCAUCGACGUCCGAACGAACAGUCGCAACGCGACCAACAUUGGAUCACUCUCACCACCUGUGCCGUUCACAAUGGGCACGCCGCGCUCCUCCCGCCGCCGCAGCAGCAACUCGGGCAGCUCACCGCCACCUUCCUUGUGGCAGGUGUCGCCCACCAACGCCAGCCCGCUGCGACGAUCAGGCUCCUCGCCGCCAGUGUCGCUGACGCUGAAGGCCAGCAGCGAGGGCGCGGGCGGCGGCGGCUCGCCCAAGCGCGGCGUGGCGCUGCCCGACGCGCUGCUGCGCGGCCUCAAGCUGCACCAGCCAGAGCCGCCCGUCUACAUCCCCAACCUGCAGGAGGAGACCAUCCUGGCGGAGGAGCACAGCAAGGUGUUCUCGCAGCUGAACUUCGUGCUGAUGCUGGCCGAGCUGCUGGCCGACCUGGCCGUGUCGUGCGGCGCGCCCAUCGCCGCGCUCAUGGACGCCUCCGACGAGCGCUGCAACGAGAGCGUUCGCCUGGGGCUGCUGGUGCAGGCCAUGCAGGCGCUGGCGGCCGGACUGCGCCUCGCCGCCGCGCACUACCGCAGCCGCACGCUGCAGCCCACGCCGCAAGUGCGCAACGUUGUGUCAGUGAUGAACGGCAAAUACAAAUGCAUCGUCAACGAAUCGAGAAGGCUCCAUGAAGCGGGCGUCACCCCUGCCGUCUGUGAUAAAAUUCUUUACGAGCACGCCAUUGAACUGUGUCAGAUGGCGGCCAUCGAGGAGCUGUUCGGCGACGUGAAGGAGUGCGAGCGGCGCUACGUGUCGGCGCAGGUGCUGCUGCACUCGCUGGUGCAGCGCCACCCGCUGCACCCGCACCACCGCACCACGCUCUCCAAGUAUCGAGACGCAGUACAAAGGCGGCUCAAUUGCCUCAAGGGGCCGCGCAAAAUCAUGGAUGUGAAGCUCGAGGCCGGGAUCUCAUAAUGCAAUACACAGCCAGCCACAUAGACUUAAGCACACUCACGCAAUAUGAGAAGUGAUUUUAUUUUGUUCUCAAAAACUGAAUCAGUGAGGGACAAUAUAAUAUUAUAAAAAAUGUAUAAAAGGAGUAAGUGAAUUAUAUCAAUUAAUAAAUCAUUGUAUACAAAUUGUUUAGAAAUGAAUGAAGAUUACCAGAGAUUGCAAUAGUGAAUUAUAUUUUUUUAUGUGCAGUACAGUGCAAACAGUUCAUGUAAGUUGUAGAAUAUUAGUCAACUAGAUAAACAUUUUAACGCUGCGGAAGAUUCAGUAAUCGCUUCGAAAUUAUUACAAUAUAGACUAGAUGUGUGUCUUGCAUCCCUAUUGAAUAAAUGGUUGUAUGUAUUUAUAAGGUUUGAAAUGUAGUACAAGUAUCUAUUUGGAAGUUAGGCCUUGUACAACAAAUUUUCAGUAUCUUGUAAAAUAUAUCUUUUCAGUCAUCAUGUUAGAAAUAAAACAUACCAACAAAAAAAUAAAAAAAAUGUAGAAUGGUAGUAUUGUUUCCAAAUAAGUCUCAUAGGUAAAUUAACCAUUUUAUUAUUACUAUCUGUAGUGGAUUAUGUGAAAUGAAAAUUAUGAAGUUAUGCUAUAGAGAUCUCAUUAACGACCAAUAACAUAACAAAGAGCAUUUUUUAGACAUAAGCAGAAUUAUUACGAAAAAACUGACCGUGUGUAUUAUUAAUAUUACUUGUCCUCCUCAA